UUUAAGCUAAGAAGUUAUUGGGCACAUCUUAAGUCGGCGUCUGUUCCGUUCUGUGAUUUCAAUUCCUCGUUUUCUUUUCAUUUUACGUUGAGAGUUGACUAUAUUCCUUCAAGAUGUCCAUGUUUUGGGGAUUGAACAUGAAGCCUGAGCGCAAGUACUCGCAGACGAUUAUCAAGUCGUUCCAUAUUUCGGGCGUGGCCCUUGACAAAGGCCAGGAGGCCAAAUUGUACCUCGCCGCCGAGAAGCAAGAGUACAUUGUGGCCACCGUGACAAAGGCCAUUCCCCAGGUGGCCCUGGAUUUGAAUUUCAGUAAGGGGGAUCGCAUCAUGUUCUACACUGCUGGUGACGCCAGCGUUUCUCUGUUGGGCUACUUGCACGACAUUGAUUCCGACGAGGAUGAGGAAGAUGAUGAUGAGUUCACUAUCGAAAAAUUCUUGAAGGAGCAGGGCAAGAACAAAAAGUCUAAGACAGACAAUAAUGAUGAGAGCGGCGAGGAGGAAGAAGAGGAUGAGGACGAAGACGAGGAGGAUGGAGACGACAAGUUAAUAGGGGAAUACGAGUCCUUCCUUGAAAAUGGAGAGGAUGAAGAGGAUGAUAGUGAAGAGGAGGAAGACGAAGAGAGUGGCGAUGAAGACAGCGAGGACUCUGAAGCUGAAGAGGAACAGCCAAAAGCGAAGAUUGCUAAGCUGACAGCCACUGCCGCUAAGAAAACAGCUAAGGAGCAGAAUGGGGUGGCUAAGAAAGAGGAGGCCAAACAGCAGCAAAAGAAGGAAAAGAACGAGGUCAAGAAGGAGCAGCCAAAGGCCAAGCAGCAGCCAGCUACCGGUGAGUCGCGAUCUCUCGCCGGCGGUGUCAAAAUUGUGGAUGUGCUUCCUGGCAAGGGCGAGGAAGCCAAGCCAGGCAAACGAGUCUCUGUAUACUACACCGGUCGCCUCCAGUCCAACAACAAGACAUUUGAUAGCCUUCUAAAGGGUAAGCCCUUCAAGUUCUCCCUUGGUGGAGGAGAGGUCAUCAAGGGAUGGGACGUGGGAGUCGCCGGCAUGAAGGUGGGCGGCAAACGUCGAAUCACCUGCCCCCCGCACAUGGGCUAUGGCUCGCGCGGAGCUCCGCCCAAGAUCGGACCGAAUUCGACACUCGUCUUCGACGUGGAGCUGAAGGCUGUGCAUUAAUCGCACUAUGUAACCACAUCAUAUAGAAUCGUAAUCAUAUAGCCUUUAAGUCUCCGCGUCGUACAACUUGAUAAAAUGUUAAAUAAACCACUGUUUUUCACGCUGUUCAGAAAAUAACAA